AUGAUCAACACGCUUAUCGGACCUAUUCUGGCAGGUAGCACACGGCAGAGCCAAGCUAGAAUCUGGACCAACGGCUCAAAUGCAGCGGCUGUCAACUUCUCUUUCAGCUCUUGCUCAGCUGAAGCUGUUGAUAUCAAGCCUUCGUCGCCAAACUCGUGCUUCUCGGUGGUCGCUCAUGCCCCUAAGCGUGGACCCAUCGCGAACGACAAGAUGGCAGAGAAGAGUCCACCGAACGUGACGUCCAUAUUGGACACGACGCAUGAGCGAGCGGUCAUUGACGAAGAUGCGACUUCAGAUGAGCAAGCAUUGGCAGCUUUGGGCUACAAACAAGAAUUCAAACGCGACUUCACCCUCCUCGAAUCCUUCUCCGUAUCCUUCUCCAUUCUCGGCCUUCUCCCCUCCAUCGCCUCAACCCUCACCUUCGGCCUAGGCUAUUCCGGUACAGCCGGUCUGAUCUGGGGCUGGCUCAUCGCAGGCAUCAUGAUCCAAUCUGUAGCCUUCAGCAUGGCGGAACUCUGCUCUUCCAUGCCAACAGCCGGAGGUCUAUACUAUGCCGCCGCUGUCCUCGCACCCGAAGGCUGGGGGCCUGUUUGUGCGUGGUUCGUAGGCUGGUCGAAUGCUGUUGCUUUUGCGAUUGGACCUUGCUCGUUGAAUUAUGCUUUGGCAUUGAUGAUUACUACUUCGGUGACGAUUUCAAAUCCGGAGUGGGUACCUGAGACAUGGCAUGUUUAUUUGGUUUACUUGGCCAUUCUGCUUUUCAAUGGACUGAUUGCUAUGCAGUCGACGAAAUUCAUUGGGAGGUUCAACGUUGUGGGAACUGUCUGGAAUAUCAUUCUGGUCCUGGUCUUUCUGAUUUGGUUUCCUGUUGGCUCGAUCAAUUCUCCGAAGACGAACGAUACGCACGAGACGUGGACGACUUUCCAGAACGGCACUGAAUGGCCAAUUGGAUGGGCCGCUAUAAUGGGCUUUCUGACAGCAUUGUACACCAUGGCUGGGUAUGAUGCGCCUUUCCAUCUCGCAGAGGAGUGCAGCAAUGCAAACAUUGCCUCACCUCGUGCCAUCGUGAUGACCUCUCAAUCUGGUCUCUAUGGAGGAUUCGCAAUCGUUCUGGUCAUCGCAUACACUAUCAAAGACGUCACCGAAGUCGUGGUAGGCCCAUACGGACAGCCCUUCGGCUCACUGUGUCUCCAGGUCCUCGGCAGAAAUUCUGGUUUGGCGCUCUUCGCUCUCACUCAAGUUGCGCAAAUGUUCUGCGGCGUUGGUGUGACCAUUGCUGGCUCCAGGGUCAUCUUUGCUUACUCCAGAGAUGGCGCAAUUCCUGGACACCAGUUGUGGGCGAAGGUUGACAGCCGUACGAAGACUCCUGUCUGGGCCACUUGGUUUGUCCUGAUAUGUUCAGCUUUAUGUGGUUUGAUCAGCUUUGGAGGGCCCAUUGCACUUGGUGCCUUCUUUACGCUCGUCGGUAUUGGACAAUACACGGCUUUCAUUGCUCCUAUUGCACUAAAGCUCUUCUUUGGUCGAAAUCGAUUCAAGCCGGGGCCAUGGAACCUUGGUCGAUACUCUGCGACCGUGAAUGCUCUUGCAGUAGCCUGGUGGUGUGUGAUCACACCUGCGCUCUGCUGGCCCGCGUUCAAAGGCAGGAAUCUCACGCCCCAAACUAUGAACUGGACGAUCUUGCUCUAUGGAGGUGUCAUGUCUCUGGCCAUGCUUCAUUAUGGGCUCAGUGGGCGCAAGUGGUUCAAAGGACCGAAGAUCAACGUCGAGCAUCUGGCGCAGAUGCCGACCCCAGGUCUGAGGGUAGCGGAGUCGCAGGAGAGUGACAAGCAAUGGAAUGAGAAGAAGCGGGCACAGUGA